AUGGGUAGAAGACUGCCUAAAAAGCCCAAUAAUGAGCUUGGUACAGGUGCUGGCUUAAAAGCCGGUAUGCGUCCAAGAGCUGUCACUGAUCUUGCUUCAACUUUAUCAAAACCUUUCAAAAUACCUUUCAAGACUAGAUCGAGCGCCAUCAGUUCUCAUGGCAAACCAGUGAGAUCAGCAAGACUUAAUGGACCAACUUCAUAUGCUAUGAUGUCCAUUGAGGAAGAUAAAGAAAACGAUGCUGUGAUUGAUAUAGAUGGCAAGACAAUAACAAAGAGAAAGAAUGCCUUGAGUGUGAGAAGACUGGCUAAUGAUAACACAUUCAUAAGCUCUAUUGAAACAACAUUGAAAAGAUCAUUCACAUAUCAACAAAUUAAUGCUGCACCACCACCACCAUUAGGGACAAAGAGAAAACCAAUAAUGGUACCGAGACCUCUUCAUGAUCCAUCUGAUGAAUCUUCAAUAGUUUUGUAUGAUCCAACUGUGGAGAAAGUCAUCACUAUUGCAGAGGCUAAAGCCAGAGACGAGGGUAAAACUUUGGAAUCUUUGGAAGAUACAGAUGAACGUCCGGCUAAAAGACGUAAUGUUCAUAGAAGUUUGAAUGAAAUACUCGGUAUUACGAAAAAUCCAGAAGAUGCUGAAAAGAAAUUCCCAGAUGUACCUGUUGUUAUUGACCCUAAAUUGAGUAAAAUUUUAAGACCACAUCAAGUUGAAGGUGUUAAGUUUUUGUAUCGUUGUGUUUCAGGGUUGGUUGAUCCAAGAGCGAAAGGUUGUAUUAUGGCUGAUGAAAUGGGGUUAGGUAAAACUUUGCAAUGUAUUGCUCUUAUGUGGACACUAUUAAAACAAGGUCCACGAGGCAGAAAAACUAUUGAUAAAUGUAUCGUUGUUUGCCCUUCUUCUUUAGUUAGAAAUUGGGCUAAUGAAUUGGUGAAAUGGCUUGGGGAAGGUUCGGUAACGCCGUUGGCAAUUGAUGGUAAAUCAACUAAACCAAAUCAAGUUGCAUCAAGUAUUGCACAAUGGUCUUUGGCAAGAGGAAGAAAUGUUGUUAGACCUGUGUUAAUCAUCUCUUAUGAAACAUUAAGAAGAAAUGUGGAUCAAUUGAAAAAUACAGAGAUUGGAUUAUUACUAGCUGAUGAAGGUCAUAGAUUGAAGAAUGGUGAUUCUUUAACAUUUACAGCUUUAGACAGUUUAAAUUGUAAAAGAAGGGUUAUUUUAUCAGGUACACCUAUUCAAAAUGAUUUGUCUGAGUAUUUCGCAUUAUUGAACUUUGCAAAUCCUGGGUUGUUAGGCUCAAGAAAUGAGUUUAGAAAAAACUUUGAAAUACCCAUUUUGAAAGGUCGUGAUGCUGAUGCUACCGAUAAAGAAGUUCAAGCUGGUGAGCAAAAGUUGAGCAUGUUAUCAACUAUUGUUUCCAAGUUUAUCAUUAGAAGAACAAAUGAUAUCCUUUCAAAAUAUCUUCCUUGCAAAUAUGAGCAUGUCAUUUUUGUUAAUCUUUCGCCAAUGCAGUUGAAACUAUAUGAUCAUUUCAUUACAAGUCCAGAUAUCAAAAAACUUUUAAAAGGUGUUGGCUCCCAACCUUUGAAGGCUAUUGGGUUAUUAAAGAAGUUAUGUAACCAUCCCGAUUUGGUGAAUCUUGAUGAAGAAUUUGAAGGAUCAGGUCAUUUGAUUCCUGAUGACUAUGUUAACUCAAUCACUGGUGGAGGUCGUAAUAGAGAAGUUCAAACAUGGCAUUCGGGUAAAUUUGCUAUAUUAGAAAGAUUUUUGGCCAAAAUUAGAAAUGAAUCAAAUGACAAGAUUGUGUUAAUUUCCAAUUAUACUCAAACUUUAGAUUUGAUUGAAAAAAUGUGCAGAAAUAAUCAUUAUGGUAGUUUGAGAUUGGAUGGUACUAUGAAUAUUAAUAAGAGACAAAAAUUGGUUGAUAGAUUUAAUGAUCCUGAAGGUUCUGAGUUUAUAUUUUUAUUAAGUUCCAAGGCUGGUGGAUGUGGUAUUAAUUUGAUUGGUGCUAAUAGAUUGAUCUUAAUUGAUCCAGAUUGGAAUCCAGCUUCAGAUCAACAAGCUUUGGCGAGAGUUUGGAGAGAUGGACAGAAAAAGGAUUGUUUCAUCUAUAGAUUCAUCACCACUGGUAGUAUUGAAGAAAAAAUAUUUCAACGUCAAUCAAUGAAGAUGAGUUUAAGUUCUUGUGUUGUUGAUGAAAAUCAAGAUGUUGAAAGAUUAUUCUCCACUGACAAUUUACGUCAACUAUUCCAGUUCAACAAAAAAACAACCUGUGAUACACAUGAUUCAUUCCGUUGUAAAAGAUGCAAAGGUGAAGAUUCAAAACAAAUGAUUAGAGCAGAUGCUAUGCUUUAUGGUGAUGCUACAACAUGGAACCACGUUAACCAUGAAGGCUUGCAAAAGACUAAUGAUCACUUACUCAAAAACGAGGCCAACUUUAACGAUAUCAGUUACGUUUUCCAAUAUAUUUCACAUGUAUAA